CCCCGAUAGGGCAACACCGAUGGUAAGCGCGAAUGCGGGUGUCGUUUGAGGCGGGCACGCGUUCGCGGCGACGGUGCGCGCACGUGCGGCGCCGGCGAGCGCGUCGCGGCCGCAGUGCCGCGGCGGCGGGCGACGAGGCCAGAGCGCCGCACGCGCCGGCAUGUGACUCUAUCCCCAUGCGGCUGCCGCUGCUGCCGUUGCUCGUGCUGCCGCUCGUGCUCGCGCGCCCGGCAGCAGCCGGGAUCUGCUGGUCAGGCAUGGAGCGUGGUGGGCGCUGCAGCUCGGUAGCUGCACUGCGCGUGGGCCGCGCGGAGUGCUGCGCGGGCGGCGCGAGAGCCCCCGCGGCUUGGAGCCCCCGGGACCUGGAUAGUGGCGAGAUAUUCUUCUAUAAGGCGCUCUCUGGAGGCGUGCCUUGUACUGCUUGCGCGGAAUCAUGCGCCGGCGUGUCAUGCGGCGCUGGCCGGCGUUGCGUGGUGCGCGGCGGUCGCGCGCGGUGCGUGUGCGCCGCGACGUGCCGCCGCGCGGGCUCCGUGUGCGGCAGCGACGGCAAGACCUACCGCUCGCUGUGCCGCCUGCGACGGAGGGCCUGCAGGCGGCCCGCGAAGCACCUCACGCUGGACUACCCUGGACCGUGUAGAGUGGGCAGCUGUGAGGGAGUGCGUUGCGGCGGCGACAAGCGUUGCGUGUUGGACGCGGAGCUGGGAGCGCACUGCGUGCGUUGCGGCGCGUGCAGCGUGGCGGGUGCGCCCGUGUGCGCGGUGGACGGGCGGACGUACGCGGGCGCGUGUGCUUUGCGCAAGGCGGCCUGCGAGCGGGGACGAGCGCUACCACUUGCCUAUAAGGGAGCGUGCAUUGCGAACGCGACAUGCUCAUCCAUCUGGUGCGGCGCGGGGCAGCGCUGCGUGCAGGGCGGCGCGAGCGGCGCGCGCUGCGUGUCGUGCGGCGCGUGCGGGGGGGGCGGCGGCGCGCGGCGCACGCUGUGCGGCUCCGACGCGCGCACCUACGGCUCGUGGUGCCGUCUGCAGCGCGCCGCCUGCCACGCCGGCACGGUUGUGGACCCGCUGCACCCGGGGCCGUGUAAAGGUACUAAAAAUAUAACGGACAAUAUUGUGACUGAUGAGAAACAUAGGAAACAUGUGGAUACAACGAGGGUUCUUUAAAUGUUGAGUGCUGUUGAUAGCUUCGGAUGAAUAGUGUUGGUGGCGAGUGAAAGAUGCGAGUACAAGACUGAGGUGGGCCGCGGUAGCCCACGAGCUUGUCCAAUGUUUGCGUGAUUGUUGGAGCAAAAUUGUCGCCAAAGCUACAAGAAUUUACAUAUUGUCUACACGUGUAUGAUCACAUACCUUCAAUAUUACUCUCGAAUAAUAGAAAUAGACAGUGUAGAUUUUUUCUGUGGUAGCGGUAUUUAAAAAAAAUGUUCGAAUUUAGAAUUGUCUCGAAGUUGUUAAACUUCAGACGAAUUGUAAACUUUCAAACUCACUUCUAGAAACGAAGAGUUUUAUCUCAAUCGAAUGUAUUUAGAUGAAAUUUUAACCUGAUACACUGUUUGUAGAUAAAUAAUAUUUCUAUAAUUUUUAACUAUUAACACUUUUACAUUAAAAAAAUUUGAGCACCAAAUCGUACUUAAUAUUUAGUCAAAAUGUUAUAAUUUAGAAGUGUAGUUAGCACAAUAUGGUACUUCUAUGAUGUAGGUAUUUCGUAUUCUAGAAAAUUCUAUUUUCCGUCUUGACGACGUCACCACUGUGAACGAAGCUUGUAGGAUGAACUUUCAUCGAACUGACAUUUUUUAAUUUUAUUAACUUUUAGUACAUAUUUUAAGACUUUGAUUAUUUUCACGACAUAUGGCGCUUAUGCAAUAUUUAUUAUUAAGUUAUGAAUUAUAAUGAUCUAGUGCAAUAAUGUUAUUGAAAAUUGUGUGAAAUUUAUGUUAACGUUUUUUUUUUUUGUGUUUUUUUUUAAUAUAAAAUUUGAUUUUGUAUCGCAAAGGUCAUUAAAAUUUAAUUCGAAAAUAUUUAAUAAUAUGUUGUAGAAUACUUUUUUCAGUAUUAUGUCUAUGUAAGAUUUAGAAUAUUUUUUUAAUUAUUAAUUUCGAACAUUUUACAUUGAAAAAAUUAAAUGUGUUAUAGAAUGUAGUUAAAAGUAAAUUAUUGUUACUUUUAUUUAUAUCCAAAAUAUUUCAGGAUGCGUGGAUGUAGUGUGUUAUAUGUUUAAUUGAUCUUUUGAAGUGGUUCGGCUCUCGUACACGAGUCUUGCCUAGCUUUAAAUAGUCGAGUUAAAUUAUAAGUUAAUGAGUCCACAUUAGUCUAUGCCAAUUUAAUUUUAUAUCAAGCUUAAUAUCGCGUAUUAAUUUCGCUCACACCGUUUUGUAACCAACAUUAUCCAAAGAUGUUUAAAAUUCACUCGACGAAAAACAAAUGGUCUCCGAGCGGUAAAACUUUGCCUGUUCUUAAAAUUUAUUUGUGUAUAAAAUAAUAAGUAUUUAUAAUUAAUAUUGUAUACUUUAUAAGUUAAGAUUAUUUAACACUAUGUGGACACUUGUGCAAAAACACUAUUGUCAAUUAUUUUCCUAGUAGGCGUAAAUGUUAUAAAAAUUUAGGUAGACUUGUAAAUUAUUUAUCAAAAGUAUAUUUUGUAGUUCUUCAUACAUUACGGUUGUUGCUUGCCGUUGACUGUAGUCUAUUUAAAUUUAAAAGACGAUUCAUAUUUUCUUAUGUUUAAUUCUACCAUUUAAUAACGCUAACAAUGUCUAAUAGUUAUGCCCUAAGUUUAUCUUUAAAGCGAAUUGUUUAUGUAUUUCUCGAAUUAAAAUAAACUUUAAUCGUGUAUUCAAAUUGGAAAGUUUAUAAA